GUUCGUUCAUUCGUUCAUUCGUUGGUGAUUCGUUGGUGGGACUCAUAGAUCAACGUGUUGUGUCCUCCAUUGACUGAUGCCAUCCCUGUUCAUUGGUAACCUCCGGAUUGCUCCUUGACUUGGUGGUGACCUCUAGCUCUUAUUGCUGACCCGUUCGACCCUCGGGGUCUCCCGCCUCUCUCCCGCCUUCAGUCAACACGUGUGGGAUUGCCUGGAGAAUGGCCGCUUGGCGAUGCUCGACCCUGCCACGGGCCUGGCGUUGGGCCCACAAUGCCCGGGCCAGUUUGACCGCCCGGGACGCUUCCUCCGCCUCGACGGCUUCGGGCUCCGGGUCCGCCUCACCCGUGGUGCUGGUGGAAGGCGUGCGCACGCCUUUUCUACCCGCCUACACCGACUAUAAAGCCAUGAUGCCGCAUGAUCUUCAACGGUUGGCCCUUUUAGGCUUGAUUCAGAAGACAGGUCUCGAUAAAGACUUGGUGGAUUACAUUUGUUGCGGCACCGUCAUCCAAGAGGUUAAGACCUCCAACAUUGCUCGGGAAGCCGCAUUGGGAGCCGGAUUCUCGGACAAAACCCCGGCUCAUACCGUGACCAUGGCCUGUAUUUCGGCCAAUCAAGCCAUGACCACGUGCAUCGGCCUUAUUCAGGCCGGCGUGUACGACGUGUGUGUGGCCGGUGGCGUAGAGUUCAUGUCCGACGUGCCCAUUCGCCACUCGCGCAAAAUGCGCGAGCUCAUGGUCAAGAGCUCCAAGGCCAAGAGUCCAGCCCAGAUGUUGGGCUUGCUCGGCUCAUUCCGACCGGGUUUCCUGGCGCCGGAAUUGCCGGCCAUUGCCGAGUUUUCCACAGAGGAGACCAUGGGCCACUCGGCCGAUCGUUUGGCCGCCACCUUCGGCGUGACCCGGCAGGAGUCGGACGCCUUUGCCUUGCGCUCCCACACUAUGGCCAAAGAGGCCUUUGAACGUGGGGAUCUCUCGGAUAUCGUGCCGGUCAAGGUGCCCAAGAAAGCCCAGAUGGUAGAUCGCGACACAGGCAUCCGCGUAUCUAACCCUGAGAAAUUGGCCUCGCUCAAAGCCGCCUUUGUCAAACCCUACGGCUCUGUCACGGCUGCCAAUGCCUCGUACUUGACCGAUGGAGCUUCCGCCGCCCUUCUCAUGACCGAGGCCAAGGCCCGCCAAUUGGGCCUUACCCCAAAAGCUUACUUCCGCGCUUUCACCUAUGUGUCGCAAGAUCCGAAAGAUCAACUCCUACUCGGACCCGCUUAUGCCACGCCCAAGGUACUCAAACAGCAAGGUCUAUCGCUUAACGAUAUUUCAGUCUUUGAAUAUCACGAGGCUUUCGCCGGACAAAUCCUGGCUAAUCUGAAGGCUAUGGACUCUGAUUGGUGCGCCCAAAAUGUCAUGGGUCUACAGAGCAAGGUGGGCGCAGUGCCAAUGGAGAAAUUGAACAAUUGGGGCGGUUCCCUUUCCAUCGGUCAUCCCUUUGGUGCCACGGGCGUGCGCUUGGCCAUGCAUACAGCCAAUCGUCUCAUUCGCGAGAACGGGCAGUUUGGAUUAAUUGCGGCCUGUGCCGCCGGAGGGCAGGGCGUGGGCAUGAUUCUAGAGCGCCAUCCUGACGCGAAAGUGUAACACCGAAAAUGCAAUUUCAUCACGCUAAAUUAUUUUCUGAUAUCUUUAUCACGCGAUCACGAAUAGGCUGGGAUUUAGGUGGAUUUCGUUUUCGAUUUCGUUCAUACAUAGUUGGGUUCGGUGUACAGACGUCAACACCAUGUAUACAUGAGUUUGUCACAAUAACCGAUCGAUCGACCAAAUAAAUAUCUAAUACACAA